AUGGAAUUGGAGGAAACAAAUGUUUUUUGUCCAAAAAAAGACGUAAACCAGAAAUUGAAGAAAGUAUUGGAUAAGAACCGAUUCUUGCUGGUCAUAGAUGGAGAGGUUAGAAAUAGUGAUUGGAAUACCAUCCUUGAUGCAUUACCAGAAGAUCACAACGGUAGUAGGAUUAUUUGUAUCAUGCAAGGUAUACAUAAGAGGCCACCUCCUGCUAUCGAUAAAGAAUACUGGAUUGAGCUGGAAUGUUUUGAAAAAGAAGACACCAGUAGCCUAUGCAUCAAAAGGGUAUGCAUGGAAGAAAAUUUUGAGAAUCAGAUAAAGAACUUUGAUGUUGUCCUGCAUGGUAUAACCAUUGGCCUUCCUCUUGCCAUUGUUCUUCUGUCUGGCCUUAUAAAAACAAAGGAAUAUCCAAAUGAGUGGCAAGCAGUGUUUGAACACCUUGAGUCCAAGAAAUCAAAAAGGCUUGAUAGCAUACUUGCCAUGUGUUUUGAUGAUCUCCCACAUGACCUAAAAUCAUGCUUCCUCUACUUUGCUGCAUUGCCUAUGAACACGCCCGUUGAGGCUCGCAAAUUGGUAUGUAUGUGGAUGGAAGAGGGGUUUCUAAGACCAAAAUAUGGGAAAACAAUGGAGAAAGUUGGAAUAAUCUAUUUGAAGGAGUUGGUUAUGAGGCAUCUACUUAACAUGAAGCACACGAGGCUAACUUUGUGGAUAUCCAUAAUGGUGACGAUAUCCCUUCUUUGGCAACUACUUGUCGCCUCUCGCUACAAAAAUUAUACAGAUAAAUAUGCUGCUAUGUCCAGCUCAUUGUCAAAACUACGAUCUAUCUUGUCCAAUUUCCAAGAAGAGGUCGAAGUUGAUGAGGAAGAAGAAGAUAAUGAGGAAAGUGAUGAUAACGAGGAUGAAGAUAAUGAGGAAAGUGAAGAUGACGAGGAAGAUUCAGAAGAGGAAGGAGACAUAGAGGCAGAGCAAAAGGUAGAAGGUGAUGGGGAUGGAGAGGGAGAAGAAGAUGAAAAUAAUGAGAUUGUGUUAUGUGCAGACAAUGAAAACAACGGGGGAGUUGAGGGAUUGCACGAAAUUACUAGGAAGGAGGGAAAACUAAAACAAGUGAAGAAGCAAAACAGGAAGUGA